UAAACGCUUCGGGCAAGGUAAGAAAAUGUCGUACUCCCGGCUACGGUAAACCAGCAACUUACAGACCAGGCUUUACACUUCGGCAAAGAAAUACACUGAGUAUGGAAGAGGUAUCACAUGUGAAAUUCCGAUUUACAACAAUGAUCACGUGGUAUUUCCUGACUUUUCUCAUUGGCUGCAUAUUUGCUGGUGCAACGGAGAAAGCGCAUCACAGGUCUCUUCGAUAUGCUGGCUUACCCAAUUCUCCAAUCUUUCACAUUAAUAGCUUCACAGGCACAAAUUUUUUUAGGCCAUCUUUAUCCAGACCUUCAAGUUUAACGUCGCCUUUUCGCAGAUUGUCUACCCAGUUUUUAUCAAACGGAAGACCAGGUGGUUUUGUAACCAAGCUAUCCUCCAAUCUUCUUUCGUCUGUGACAGUGCCUAAGAAAAAAUGGCUGACACUAUCUAAGCUGAUAAACCUGCCUCUAAAUUUCAUAUCCAAUGCCAAACCGUAUAAAUUGUUGAUACAUAAACCAAACUUGAUUAAGUUGGGAUAAAUUUAAAAUGCCCUUUGUCCCAAUGUACGGAACAGACUCUACUCUGUGACUGAUGUCCAGUUGUAUUUUAAAUUUCAUGUAAAUCACAAUUACUUCUUGAACACGUUGCUUUUUUGAAGCUUUAAUUUCUACGAGUAUGUUAAUGAGUGUAUUAAUUUUGUAAAACUUAAGAAAUUAUUUUUUUCGUAAAUCAGAAUUAACUUUGAAACAUCUGCAUAAAGCAGUUGAUAAUUUGUAUGAAGAUGUUGUUGCCUGCUAUUAUCUACCAAGUAAAGUUCUCUGUGUAUUAAAAAGUUUUAAAAAACGUCAA